GACUUGAACUAGAUUUUUUGGUAAUUAACUAGUCACGUAAUUUUUGUUUCCUGCGAAAAUUGUGCGUCAAAAAAAUUUUCCAGCGAAAAUUGUGCAUAUAUUUUCACUACACUCUGUUGAAAACAAACUUCAAGUUCAACGACCCAACCCAAGUUAAGUUUCCCGUAUUCUUCUGUUUUUCAGUUCCAAGCAAAGGUCAUAUGAGUAAUUUCCAGCCUCUUAUCCAUUUAAAUACGGCGCCGUAUGAUUAGAAGAAGCACGUGACAGCUGGCCAUCGUAGAAAAGAAGGAGAAAAACAACUUUGUUUCUUUGUUUCUGUUUCUUCUUCUUUGCCGCAAUUCUCUCAUUCAUUCAUUCAUCUAUCCAUCAAAAUCUCUCUCUCUCUCUCUCUCUCUGAAAAUAAUCACUUCUUCUCAGUAACUUCCACAUCACCAUCAUCAAUGGUUCAACUCAUGAGAUCCGAUUCUGAUAAUAAUCACUUCUACAAAAAAGUUAAAUUAGAGUCUCAACAACAAGAUGAUGUUCCUAACAAACGUCCCAAAUUUGAUUCUUCUACCAAGUGUGAUUCAAGUGGUGAUGAUUUGGUUCCAAAUUCACAAUCUUUAUAUAACCCUUUGGAUGAACCAAGUCCUCUUGGUUUGCGUCUAAAGAAGAGUCCUUCACUUUUGGAUUUGAUUCAGAUGAGGCUUUCUCAACAACAUGAUUCUAAGAAGAAAGAUCACAAGGGUUCUGCUGCUUCUGCUGCUGAUUCUAAGCUUAAAGCUUCCAAUUUUCCUGCUACUGUUUUGAAGAUUGGAACUUGGGAGUAUAAGUCUAGAUAUGAAGGAGAUUUGGUUGCAAAAUGUUACUUUGCAAAGCAUAAGCUAGUUUGGGAAGUUCUUGAUGGCUGUCUUAAGAAUAAGAUUGAAAUUCCAUGGUCUGAUAUCAUGGCUCUCAAGGCAAACUAUCCUGAUGAUGCACCAGGAACACUGGAAGUUGUGCUUGCAAGAAGACCCUUGUUUUAUAGGGAGAUCAAUCCACAACCAAGGAAGCAUACCUUGUGGCAAGCAACAUCAGACUUUACCGGUGGAGAAGCCGGCAAAAAUAGGAGACAUUUUAUUCAAUGUCCUCAAGGUUUGUUAGGGAGGCAUUUUGAGAAGCUCAUACAGUGCGAUCCCCGUCUCAACUUUCUGAGCCAACAACAGGAUUUCGUGUUGGAUUCUCCAUAUUUUGAGCCUGGAACUGCACUUCAUGACCAUAUUGAAACUAGCGAUGGUUAUGAUAGAAAAAGUGAAGGGCAAGCUGGGAUUUUUGGAUUGAAUGAUAUGGAAUCAGGAUCUGCUGUUCAAUCCUCUUCCUCCAGAAGUGAACAUAAUCUCAUGGGUAAAGCUGUUGAAAACAAUUUCCAAGAAAUUACCUCCCCUAGCUCAGUGAUGAACCCUCAUGCAAUCAAAGGUUUCAAGAGUAGAGGACCUGAAUCUUUGAAGUUUCUCAGCAAUUUGAAUCAGAUAAAAUUGCCUGGUCUUCAUCCUUCCAUGUCGAUGGAUGAUUUGGUCGACCACAUCGGACACUGCAUUACUGAGCAGAUGGGACCUGAAAGCUCCAACUUUGCUAGUGACAGAUCUAUGUUGGAGGAAUUCACACAAUACUUGUUCAAUGACACUCAAUUUCCACCAACCUCUGAUGAACAACAGCCAGCCUCUGAUGAACAGUAUGUCAUGUCAAGAGUGAACUCCUUAUACUGUCUUCUUCAGAAAGACCCUCCUGCAGCCAAAGAACAACCGGUUCAAAACCUCGGUAAUAAUGUUUUCCAUGCAAUGGAGGAUAGAAAAAUUGGUGAGAGUAAUUCUGCUGAAUGCAAAAGUAAAAUGGUUGCUUUUGAAAUUCAACAAGAUGAUGAUGAUGAUUCUGGUAGCCAGCAGGAAAAUGGUUUGUCUAGGCAAGAAUCAGCUGGAGAUUUACUGCUUAAUCUUCCAAGGGUUGCUUCUAUGCCACAUUUUCUAUUUCCUAUGACUGAGGAUUCUGGUAGUCAUGUUAGAUAGUGAUUUUCUGAUAUAGCAGCGCAAGGAUAAAAAAACCAAACCUUUUAUGUAGUUUUCAACAGUGUGAAUAUUUUUUAUUUUAUGUGCAUUUGGUUAUUUGAACUCAAUGGGAUUCAGAGAUUGUGAUUGAUGAAGAAUCCCAACAGACAUCUUUUCAGUUGAACAAAAAUAAGACAGCAAAAAUAUGUUGAUAGUGUGUUUGAGAGAGUCAACACUUUGUUGCCAUCUCUAAGGACCCGUUUAGUUCUAUUGAUCAUUGUUUUUAUUUUCA